AUGUCAUCUGAUAAAGAGUUUGGAAAUAACCAUGCUAGCAGUGGGCCAGCUAGAUGUUUAGAGUUGACUUCACUAGCACAUGGUGAAUUCACGGAUGUUGAAGUUGGAGGUGCAAAAGAGGCAAGCACCGAUUCUGAAGAUGCCCAGGUGAAAAAAAUGAAAGAAAGGAACCAAAGGAUGGAAGAAGAAAUUAAGGAAUCUGAACUUCUCAACAAAAUAAUUAACACUCCAACCAUUACAUCAGCCACAUCUGAAGUCGAUGGACGAUCCAUAUGGGUCGGCAACGUAGACUAUGGGGCUACAUUGAAGGGUUUGAAUAAACGCUUUGAACAAUGUGGUCUCAUCAAGAGAACAAAAAUUCUACGAGACAAAUAUAGCGGCAAACCUAAGGGCUUUGCAUACAUUGAAUUUUUGGACGUUGUGUCUAUUGAAUUGGCCCUGAAACUGAAUGACUCACUGUUUUGCGGAAGACAAAUUAAAGUCACCGCGAAGAGAACCAACAUACAUGGUCUGUCAACUACAGACAGAAAACCGAGAGGGAGAGGUAUAAGGUCAAGGGGUGGUCCAAUGGCAGGAAGAGGUCGCUAUUUAGUUACAGCACAGCACAUUCCAACACCUGUGCCAAGGUUCGAUUCAUACAUGGAACAACAGCCACAGUACCCAGCCUACAGAAGCAGAGUCAGUAGCGGAUCUAUGGGAAAUCGGGGAGGGCCAUACGACCCCCGUUGUGAGCAAUAUUUGUAUAAAAAUCAGUAA